ACAAUUAAACCGUCAAAUUUGUCUGCCCAACAAAAAACAAUCAGAAAUUCGAAUUGGAAAACCCCAAAAUCUACUCCGAUCUCCGUCAAUCUUCCAUAAUUCUAUUGAAAUUUCACCCCCCCUCCAACUCCGAUACGAUCUCUGGUGUCGCUGGGUUGAUACACCAGAGGUCGACGCAAAUAUUGUGCCCGGCAUGGCCUCUUCGGCGGCCAAUUCCUUAUUCGGGAAGUAUGAUGUCGGAAAACUCCUCGGCUGCGGCGCUUUCGCUAAGGUGUACCAUGCUAGGGACAUCAAAAAUGGUCACAGCGUUGCUAUUAAGGUAAUCAAUAAGCAUAAGAUCGCUCAUAACGCUCAUCUUGUGUCGAACGUGAAGCGCGAGAUCGAUAUUAUGCGGCGGCUCCGGCAUCCGAACAUUGUUGAAUUGUAUGAAGUUAUGGCGACGAAGACGAAGAUCUAUUUCGUGAUGGAGUUUGUGAAAGGCGGUGAGUUGUUCGCCAAGGUUGCGAAAGGUCGUUUAUCUGAAUCGCAUAGCCGGAAGUACUUUCAACAAUUGAUCUCUGCCAUCGGAUAUUGUCAUUCUCGUGGAGUUUUUCAUAGAGAUCUGAAACCUGAAAAUCUCCUCAUCGACGAGAACGGAGAUCUGAAGGUUACGGAUUUUGGGUUGAGUGCUGUUACAGGUCAGAUCCGAGCCGAUGGAUUGUUACAUACACUGUGUGGCACGCCAUCGUACGUCGCACCGGAAAUUCUCACGAAGAGAGGGUAUGACGGAGCGAAGGCGGAUAUCUGGUCAUGCGGUGUCAUCCUGUUCGUGUUGAACGCUGCUUUCCUGCCGUUCAAUGACGCAAACCUCAUGAUGAUGUAUAAGAAGAUCUACAAAGGCGAAUACAAGUGCCCUAAAUGGAUGUCACAUGAUCUCAAGCGGUUUUUAUCUCGUCUUCUUGACACAAAACCAGAGACGAGGAUCACCGUCGAUGAGAUCAAAACAGAUCCGUGGUUCAGGAAAGGAUACAAAGAAUUAAAGCUAGAAGACGACGUACAAAUCGUCGGCAGACCAGAAGAAGACGAUAAAUCAACGUCGUUGAACGCCUUCGAUAUAAUAUCAUUUUCCUCCGGUUUAAACCUCUCUCCUUUGUUUGACGGCACAAGUAGCUCGCCGGGAAAAGGUGAAAGACUGGUGGUGGCCGAGUCGCCGGAGAAAAUCAUCGAGAAAGUUGAGGAGAUUGUAAAGGAGGCAAACGUGAGGAUCCAGAAACGAAAGGAAUGGGGUGUCGAUUUGGUAAACCGGAGUGGUAAGUACGCAAUCGGAUUGGAGGUUUUCCGGUUGACGGAAAAUUUAGUGGUGGUGGAGGUUCAAAGUAGCGGUGGAGGUACAGAUUUCUACGAUGAGUUGUGGAAUAACAAAAUUAGAUCGGAGUUGCUUGAUCGGCGGCAUGUACAGGUACCGACAACUAGUGGCUCGCCGGCGGGGUACGUGUCGGAAGUAUGUACCUGAUCCUUCAUAUACAUAUAUAUUUACUCACAUCUUUGUUUUUUUUCAAAUAAUUUUUUUGUACCCUUGUAGGAAAAAAAAACAUAGCUUUUGUUAGUUUGUUGAUGGAGAAAACUGUAAUUUAUGAUUUUGUACAUUACGUGACACUUGCCACAUAAAUAUUUGGGGGCAAUUGUAAGUUUGGUUUUGUGUUGUAAAACAGAUGUUGUAUGGGCUUGUGAUGCUACAACAAGAAAUAAAGAAGCUGAUUUUUUGUUUCCAUUAAA